CAAUAUUUGGUGGUAAAUUAUUCUUAAUGAGUUUCAUAACAUUAAGCGAAAAAUAUUAUUUUGAUGGCGUUUGCACAGAUCAGAACGAUGUCCAAGAGAUUGCAGAAGAGAUAUCUAACCGAGGCUGACGAGUACAAAUGUCCGCUAUCCGAGGAGACGCAGACGAUAGCUUCAGAAGAGUUGCGGGAGACCGAGAGCGCGAGGACACAGGCUCUGCAGGCCCUGAGGAGUUGGAUGGAACAGAACCCUAAGCUGUUGGCUGUUCGACUGGACUCGAAUUACUUGCUCCGGUUUCUUCGAGCCAAAAAGUUCAGUGUUCCGAUGGCUCAGGAGGCAAUCGAACGUUAUCUGCUCCUGCGUCAAUCCUGGGGAAUCGCCUUCAACCAGCUCGACUACAAGCUGCCAAUCAUGAUGGAGCUCUUGGAACUCGGAUUCGUUUUCGUCAGCCCCUUCAAGGACAAGGGCGGUCGUCGAGUCGUUAUUUAUAGACCAGGAGUUUUCGACCCUUACAAAUACACCAACCAAGACAUGUGCCGUGUGAUGGGCAUCUGCUAUGAAACCCUUAUGGAAGACGAGGAGACUCAGGUGCGAGGAGUGGUUCACUUCGCUGACGGUGGGGGAGUAGGUUUCCCACAUCUCACAUUAUUCACACCGAAAGAAGCCGUCCGGAUUGUCAAGAAUGGAGAGCGCACAGUUCCCGUGAGGCAUAAAGAAAUUUACGGCAUCAAUGUCCAUCCCACGAUCAAGUUCGCUUUAGACUUCGGUAUGGCUCUCAUAUCAGAGAAGAUCAGGAAGAGAGUCAGACUUUACACGAGCAUAAAUGACGUGGAAAUAGACCAGAGUUUAUUGCCCAAAGAGUACGGUGGAGUUAUGCCGAUGAAGGAAAUGAUAGAAUUAUGGAAAGAGCAGCUCGCGAAAAAACGAGAUAUGGUACUACUCAAUGACAAAAUGAGCGUGAGGUUAGAGAUGUACAGUGAAGCCGCGCGCGAAGGCGCUAUCUCCGCUUUAAGAUCUGGAGCCAACACCUGCGCUGGGGCAGACGCGGUGGGAGACGCCAUGCGAGGUCUCACCGGAAACUUCAGAAAACUCGAAGUCGACUAAAUCCCAUUUAAAUUGAUCAAGACUGUUAAGAAAUGUCAAAAUGUUAGGUUAUCUUUCGCGUCAGAAAGUUAGGUUAUGGUGACGAAUUUAACAAUUCGAAGUUAGAUAGUUAUUGCUAUUAAACAGACUGUUACUGUAGAAUCAUUAAGAUGUUACGUGUAUAAUUUGUGCACAAAUUUGGUUUAGGUCAGAAAUGUAA